AUCUGUUGUCAUCUUUCUCCAAGCCCAACAAAACCAGCAAAAAAGACUUUGCAAGGAAAACUCAAAAUAUUUUCCAGUUUUAUUUCCAUGUUGCUCAUUAAUAAUUAGAGAAAAGUGGUGUAAAAGUGAACAUUUACAUUGCGUGAUAUUGGCUCCCACGGGUCCUGCAAAAGUUUGCGCUGAAAACAAAGUGGAACCAGCCAGCGAAAGGAAAGUUUACUGCUGCAUCAUCUCAUCCGCUCGCAAGAAGCAGUGAAGUCGAAAGAAAACAUCCUGACAACAAACCACCACCGAGCGAUUCCAAACCCGGAGAUAAAGCUGGAACGGUCCGGUCUAGUGCAGCAAAUGGCCACGGUUAAUCUGAACGGCCAAUACCGUGACGGCGGUGGCGGUGGUCCGUCUUCGUCAUCGUCGGCUACGGCAGCAGCCGCAUCAUCACAGUACCCCAUCCAGGGCAAGAAGGACCAGUGGAUCAAGCUGAACGUCGGCGGAACCUGCUUUCUGACUACCAAAACCACACUGUCCCGGGAUCCAAAUUCGUUCCUGUCGCGCCUUAUCCAGGAGGACAGCGAUCUCAUUUCGGAUCGGGAUGAAACCGGGGCCUAUCUGAUCGAUCGCGAUCCACGAUACUUUGCGCCUGUGUUGAAUUACCUGCGGCAUGGUAAGCUGGUGCUGGAUGACGGACUGUCCGAGGAAGGUGUCCUCGAGGAAGCCGAGUUCUACAAUGUGACGCAUCUAAUCGGGCUGCUAAAGGACAGCAUUGCACGGAGAGAACAGCGACCAGCAGCGGACAAAAAGCGGGUAUACCGUGUUCUGCAGUGCCAGGAAAAUGAACUUACACAGAUGGUAUCCACCAUGUCCGAUGGGUGGCGCUUCGAGCAGCUCAUCAACAUUGGAACCUCGUACAACUAUGGUGCCGAGGAGAAUGCCGAAUUCCUCUGCGUGGUGUCGAAAGAGUGCGCCAACACGCUGAUCGGUCGCGAGAACGAAUCCAACGACCGGGCAAAGGUGCUACAGCAGAAAGGUUCUCGUAUGUAAUUCUUUCGGGUAAGGAUGUUCAGCGGAGGGAGGAGAAUUAUUAACUUAACAGAAAAUCCUUAUACAAUGUGUAAACUAGCGACGAGAUCAAAUGCAGCAUUCGACGGCGGGACAUUAUCAGAAAUCGCACCUAGGGCACCCGUUGCUGUUUACUUAUAGAACAAAGUUGAUUUACAUCAUCGGUUCAAGCGUUGGGCUUUCGACAGUGGGGGCGAUCAGACAGACAUAGGUAUUUAGGAUAACCAAUCAUAUUUCAUUUCGGCAGAAGCCUAAUCUACUGGUUUGCUGCUCGAAAUCAAACAUUUUUACAGGGCACGUUUGUAUUACUUGUUACACAAAGCUUCUAUUCAAAUCCAUUUUAAAACCACGUUUCUUUCAUGUCAAAUGCUCCGUAACAUUCUUUGCUGCACUGAAACGAAUUUUCACUAGCUAUUUUGAUGGACACUUAAACAUUUCGAUCACCUUUGCUGUUGUUUGGAGAAGCACAACAUUGAUCGUUUCGAAUAAGAUCAAAACUUGCUUUGGGAUCUGUAUGUCAUCAGUUUUUUUUUCAUUUCGUGUGGAAAAAUAUAGUAUUUUCCAGUUAAAGUUUCAUUGUCAUUUUUUUUUUCGUUUUCAGUCGUUGAGAUUUGAAAUAGAAAAACGUCGAAAACGUUAACAUAUUGCACUUAUCGACCGACCGCCUAUUGUAAAGGCAAAUGAGGGUAUCUUAAUCACAAUUUCAUUUUGUGUACAAUCUAAUCUAAAGAGAAAUGAUUGAAAUCAUCUUCGUAGCUUCUUUCACACUUUUCAAUGACAAAAUAUACUUUCAAGUUUCACAAACUUCAGAUUAAGUUUAAACUGAAUUAGAGGAAGGCACUAACCUUGGCCGGAACUUCGCUCAGAAGUUCCCGCAAGGCUCACUGUUAGUCUCUUAAGCAGCUUGAAGCAGUUUGAAAUGCUUUCGAAACUCAAACUUCUUGAGACGCUACUACAGGUUUGAGGGUAGGUGUUCAUCAUUAAUAGAUUAGAAACUCUCAGUUACGAAAAUCGAUUGACAUACCCACAAAAUGGCUUCUCAAGGUAAAGAAAGAAUGGCUUACCCACCGACCAUCCAAUCUAAAAUGAAAUGAAGAUCUUUAAACUCGCAAUUCAUGAACCAAGCUCCUCGAUCAUUAGUUCCCCUGCAGCAAAACAUACAGGCUUCGCUUGGAAACGCACAGGAAAUCUUUGCUCCUCAUUCUAUCCCUUUGUCCGCGACAUAAAAAAUCACCAAACGAAUCAUACCGUUUAGUUAACUUUCAACGUGACAGUUGUUUAGCGUAAGAAAACCGAGUUAACCGAAAGAAAUGAAGUGCGCCGUUUAUGUCCCACGUUGUUCACACAUACACCGAUAAACUGUGUUCUGCAGACAACUCAAUUGCUGGCUAUAUCUAUUACUAUUACGUUCAUUAUAGCAUUAACCGAUCGACCGAUAGAUUCAAAAGACUUGCGUUUUAAAUGUUAUUAUCGCAGUAAGUUUCUGUUUUUACGCAACUAUGUUAAUCACUGAAGCAACAUGUCACAGUUUGUAGUGCGAAUUGAAGUUUUGUUGAUACAAUCUAUUGAACGAAUAUAGAACGCUAGCAUAACACAGAAUGUGCAUAAACGAAAAUUCAUGGAAUGGCGUCACAUUAAUUUGAACACUGAAGAUAACUUUGUAUGACUAAGAAUGAUGAUGCCCAGCUACGAGGGUCAAACAGUAAUUAAUGCAGGUCAAUGUUGUGGAAACUGGCUGGAGGUAAUUUGAACGGAAGAGAAAUAUAGUUUAAUACACA